AUGGAGAAAUGGGUCAAAGUAAAAGUCCUCGGCGAAGGUUCAUAUGGAGUAGUAUGGCUGGAGAAGGGAGAGCAAGGGGCGGUUCGGGCUGUGAAACAAAUUUCCAGAGCAAAUACUACCCUCAACCAACGAGAGCGACAUGCCUUGACAGAACUGAAAGGGUACCCCGACUCCUUUGUAGAGCUGUUCGAAUCCGGAUGCUAUGAGGACCAAAAUAACAUCUACUUAGCGAUGGAAUACAUCGAGCAUGGCGACCUAAUGGGCGUCGUUAAGAACCGUCAAGGCAGCAUCUCUGAGAACGAAAUAAAAUCGAUUACAAGGCAGCUACUCACUGCCUUAAAAAUUAUGCACAGUAAAAACUUUUGUCAUCGUGACUUGAAACCCCAGAAUAUCUUGGUGGCCUCGAUAUCACCAAUUAAAGUAAAAGUCGCCGAUUUUGGCGUUACGAAGCAAGCCUCGGAUAGCACCCAGCUACGAACGGUAGUGGGAACAUGGGGUUACAUGGCCCCUGAGGUCCUAGGCUUUUCUGAUGCCGAGACCUCUGGGUACACAAGCUCUGCAGAUAUCUGGUCACUUGGGUCUUUACUGCACUUUAUGUUUACGAAUGAAGUCCCGUUUCCAGACAAUCGAAAACUGAUCAAUUACGCUCGGGGGAAUAACGCACAGUUUCCGACAGAAAAACUGCAAAAGUGGGGCGCGAGCUCGGCUGCAAGAGAUUUUAUUAAAAGCUUGAUGAACCCUUGCCCGGAGAAAAGAUUGACCGCGAAGCAAGCAUUAGAAGCGUCAUGGCUAAAAAUUGAUAUCGAUGAAUCUGACCAGAUCAGUCCACUUUCAGAAAGAUCCUUACCAAACGCUCCCGAGCCUAUGGCCAACAAACCAAAAUUUAAAGAUUCUGGCAAUUGGACGGCUGAGCCCGGCGCUGGCUACCCCAACAAAUUUACAUAUCCAUACGAAUACAAUGCCCAAGAGGAAGGAUUCCAGAGUACGGCCUGGCUGACUGGAGUUCUCAACACAACGAGACGACCUCCGGAUGAUCGUGUGCAGAGGCUUUGUAUUCUGGAUCACAAGAUCUAG